CAGAAGGCAGACCGGGCUCCCGCACAAUCGAAAGACGGAACCGGGACUACUUGGAAUCAAGUGAUGGAUUCUGAGGACCUGACGCUGAAAAUCUUGACAGAAGAGCUCCGUCUCUACAAACCUCCUCAUUCCAUUCCCAUUCAACAAUCCGGUUCAGAUUCUGAACCUGCCAGGCGCAAACCCAAUAGAGCCGCUGUUCUCAUCUGCCUUUUCCAGGGCGAGAAUGGCGAUCUCCAUGUGAUUCUCACCAAGCGCUCUUCAACCCUCUCUUCUCACUCUGGUGAGGUUUCGUUACCCGGUGGGAAAAGAGAGGAAGGUGAUGCUGACGACAUUGAGACUGCCAUGAGGGAGGCUAAAGAGGAGAUAGGUUUGGAUCCUUCACUUGUGAAUCCUGUUACUGUUCUCGAGCCUUUCGUAAACAAGCGUGGCAUGAUAGUAGUUCCUGUGGUUGGCAUACUUUCUGAUAAGAAAGCAUUCGUUCCAGCUCCAAAUGCUUCUGAAGUUGAAGCAGUAUUUGAUACUCCCUUAGAAAUGUUCCUCAAGGAUGAGAACCGGAGAGCAGAGGAGAGAGAAUGGAUGGGAGACAAGUAUUUACUCCAUUACUUCGAUUAUGAAGCAGAGAAUGAGAGGUAUGUGAUCUGGGCUUUGACUGCUGGAAUCUUGAUUAGGACCGCAUCAAUUGUUUACCAGCGCCCACCAGCCUUUCUGGAGCGGAAGCCCAAAUUCUGGAGCAGGAUUGUUAACUAGGAUAUGGCACCAUAAAUCCAGAGAAUUCUUCUCUUUAUAGUCAUUAUUAGAAUCCAUGAAACUCACCAUUCGGACUUUCAACUUCAAUAUCAUUGAAAUGUAAUUCAGAUUCUGAAUUCGCAUAUAAUAUCACGCUUUUCGCCAA